AUGCCUUCAGCUGCGAAUGCGAAGUCUGAAAAACCAGCCUCUUCGGAGGCAAUGGAUAAUUCGCCAAUACGACAAAUUAUGACAAUUAUUGAACACAAAAUCCGUAAUUUGGAGAAAAGAAAGAGUAAGCUGACAUCAUACCGGGAUCUCCAAAAAGCAGGCAAAGAGCUUAAUUCGGAUCAGAAAGUAGCAGUCGCUAAGUAUGAUGAAGUGGCCCAAACACUCGAGUUUGCACGGGAUCUCUCUAAACAAGUAACAGCGAUCGCCACUUCUGCUGAACGUGAGGCCAAGAAACAAGCCAAGAAGGAGGCUUGGGUGCGUUAUGCAGCAGAAACAAGCAAGAUUCGAGAUGUCCUGCUAAUCCUGGACUGCCUCAUGCAAAUGGGCAAUACUGAAGUGCGGGAGGACUUUCUAAAUGGCACCAAUGGUGCUAUCAAACUUGCUGAAGAAGAUCUCAAGAUCUUGGAUGAACUCUACCCAGAAGUGACACCAAAACAUGAGUUAAAUGAAGAGGGACAACCUGGAUUUCAUGCCUACACUACUAAAGCAGCUGAACAUCUGUAUGCUAUUAUUGAUGGCAAGCCAAAAGAAAUCCUGGGCACCACUUACUCACAUAUAAAAGAAAUUGUGACAUCUGUUCAUGAAUGUGGAUACUUCGACAAAGGGGCUGAAAAUGCCAUAGUCGAAAGAGAAUUAGGUACUGUUGGCCCAGAAGAGAAGAUACUGGAAACAACCGAAGAAGAAGCAGACCCAGAAGUUGUGGCGGUAUAUGUGGCACCAGCUGGCCUCCCGGUUCCUCCCGCACCAGCUGUGGUUCCAGCGCCUGCUUAUCCUCUUCGCCCCCUGCCUCCUAUAACUGUUCAGGAAGUCGAACAUGCUUAUUUCUCACAACAAUACCCUCAACAGAGACCCAUUUCCGAAGUGAUAGGAUCACAAAAUUUCUUCUUUCUACAAGAAUCAGAGAUUGACAGCCCCAUUGGAACUCCUCAGCCACCACCAAUAAUGAACCAACCUUCGCCGCCUGCGCCUAUCCCGACUCAGACGUUCACAAAUCAACAUUUCGUUCAACUGCCAGGUGGACGAGUACCGGACCCCUCCGCAAUACCCAUACCACCGCAACCGCACUUUCCGGACCACGUGACUUUCGCGGCGGUACCCAUACCCGCACCUUUGCAGGCAGCACACCCCCAACUUCCUGGGCUUGCACCUGUCCCCGUGCCCGGCCCGGCACUUGGGCCCGCGCAUCCCGUGCCGCUGCCUCCGGCAGACUCACAUACCGCCCCAAGGGAGGAACGCAAGAUACCCACUCCCACUGAAGAUAAGAACGAUGAUGAGUGGAAGGAGACACAGAGUCCGGAACGCGAAGAGACCGGUGACCGCAAGACACAGGGUCAAGGCGACGGCAAUGGUAGAUUCCGUAGGUAUGGCCGCGGCGGUCGAGGAGGAACCACUAAUGGCUAUCGUGGACGCGGCGGUGCUUUCCAGAGCCGUCAAGGAGGUGACUACCAUGGUGGUCGACACGGUGGCGAGUAUCAGAACAGAUCUGGGAAAGACGACCGAUAUCAAAACAGGCAGUAUAAUGAUGGCUACCAACACAGACAUAACAAGGAGGGAUAUCAAAAUAGAAGUGGCAAUGAUGGAUAUUACGGUAAUGGUGAUACUGCCGCCGAAGGACAUCAACAAAAUGAAAAUGGUGGUCGUGACAGAUACAACGACAAUAAUCAAAACUAUCAAGGAGGUUUCAAGAGCCGCGGCAGGGGAGGCCCUCGGGGCGGCAAUCGCGGUGCGUUGCGACCCCCGCGCCCUCAACAGUACAAUCGUAAAUCUGAAAACGUUAAAUAGCUCCAGCACACUUUGGCAAUGUGUCGCAUUCGUGGCUUCGCCGUACUAUAAUAUUCUUUGACGGACUAAAUCAUUUGUGAAGGCAGAUUUCACCGGCAACAACGCGCUGUGGUAACAACAAACAGAGAUUAUCAUUAAAAAAAUUUAAAAAAAAACUAAAAAAAAAGUAAAACAUUAAAACUUGAAACUGAAUAAAAAAUAAGUUACUUGAAUUUAGAUGUAUGAUAUAUGCAAUUAUUAUAAGUUACGUAAUUUUAGAUUCUUGUAUAGGUUGUCACGCAAGUGAUAGUGACGCGGUGUGGAGCGGGUCCGUCGCGACUGGUCGCUCGGUACCUCGUGCCUCGUCCUCGUGAUAAUUUAAGUACAGGAGAUGCACACAACUGACGAUAACUGUCUACCGGGACCUUUUCCAAAUCUCAUUGGAUUUGUACUUUAAUACGAUUAAUUUAAAUGGUAAUUAUAUGUGUUAAGAUGUUCUAUACCUGUUUGUUUUCCUUUAAUUAACCAUUAUUUCUGCGAUGAUUUUGUUUUUAAUAAUUUUAAUUGAAAAGUUAUGCAAUUUUACCUUAUCUUCUGAGAUGCAUUUGUUAAUUAGCGACGGUGUUAAAGUGAGCAUAAAUGGGUACAGUCCACUCCAUAACGUUUUUGAAGUAUGUAAAUUUGUGGCUCUCUUUAGGCUCAAUUUCAU